AUGUCACAACCAAAUCAAUACAUACCGAAAUAUAUAACAUCAAAACCAUGGUAUCAGGGUAACAAAGAUGACGACUCAACAGACUACUUGUCGCACCAUCGUGUCAACAACGAAAUAGUAGACCAUAGCAUCCCCACCACCGGUCACGGUAUAAAAGACUCCGACGUCCGUAUCCAACAUGAAGACUACGAUAGUAAACGAGAUCGAUGGUAUGGAUACACCCUGGAUGAAUGGCUUGCCCAUCUUGACAAAUGGACUGAGAAGAAAGAAGAAGAGCAGAAGUCCGAUGAGCCUGAUUACGAAUUAGAACUUAUUGAGUUAGACCUACUUGAAAACCAACUUGUAAAUACAAAACAACACCCUUUGGAGAAACUUAUCCGCGAUAGAAACGAUAUACCUGGAUAUAUUCACAAUAUAACUAGUAACCCCAAUAAUAAAAUCAAGCUUGAAUUCGACCCAAAGUCUAGAUUGGUUAAAGAUCCAAGUGCUGGGUUUAUCAAUGAUCUGAACCAAUUUGUCAAGAAACUAACUGGGGAAGGCCAGCCCAACGCUAAUGAUGAUGAAAAUGAAGCAAGAAGCUAA